UAUGUUCAAGUUGCUGGAGGGUCGUUUUAUUAUCACAUUAAACUGUAUUUAAAAAUAACAUUCUUAUGUAGGCUAAUCUGUAGACUGUUCAAAGUCCCCUAUUUUUCUAGUUUCCCUCGCAGCCGUUUUUGUCACGUCACGCAACGCUCCCGCCAAGAUGGCCGCCCGUUCUAGUAAGAGCUCGAUCCUGACGAUCUUACGAAAAAAUAGGGGAUUGUGGAUAGUCUAGCUAAUCUGAAAACAAGUGUCACUGUGCUACAAGACCAACUUGAUGUAUGCCUUUAGUAACAAGCUUAUUCAUUUCUUGCCCCCAGUAAGAAAUGUACUCAAGUUUAUGUUGUUGUCAUUCCUUCACAGACGCAGUGGAUUAAACACGCGAUGUUUAAUACCCAAAGAGCGGAUGUAACGCGGCACGAAAGACUCCCGGUGGGAGAAAAACGUUACAAGUGCAGACAAUGCGGGGAGUGCUUCGGUAGGAUAGAAAACCUCGUGAGGCAUCGCAAAACACACAAAGACGAUAUUCAGCGAUUGCAGUGCAAGAAGUGUGAGAAAUGUUUUACCACAAAGGCUCAUUGCCAACGACAUGAAGAAACGGUGCACUCUACAGAAAAGCCUUUUCAGUGCAAACAGUGCGGAAAGAGAUUUAAAAGGGCAGAUGUCUUGGCUAAGCAUUUUAAAAUCUCGCACGGUCAGUGCGGCAGGAGUUUUUCCAAUUCCGGAAUUCUUGCCUCGCACAAGCUAAGGGCUCAUAACUUGCCACAGCGCUACAAAUGCAAGAAUUGCGGUAAGGGUUUUAGUAAUGCAGUGAAAUUUAGACAGCACGAGCAAAUUCAUGCAGAAGAAAAACCUCACAAAUGUGAACAGUGCGGCAGGCAUUUUACUAAUGCGGGCAAUCUUGCGUUGCACAAGCUGAAGACUCAUGGCUUGCCUCAGCGUUUCGAAUGCAACAAUUGC